AAAAAUCAGCUGAAAAGUCUCACAUGAAAAUUGAAAGUGCAUUAAAAGCCAGCAUGUGCGACAGAAGGUAGACUGAGACAAACGUGGCAGCCGUACAGCAGAGAUCUGAAAUGUGAAAAAUAUUACAGGAUACAGCUAACGUCUUGACAGUGUGUUACUGAGGAGUAUGUGAGCUUCCUAUUUUACCCCGGUUUGAGCUCUUAAGCAAGGUUUUGGGCCAAGCAGAAAGCAGGAGUACAAGUCAGAGACGAUUGCAACAUGUGGAGAAGUUUCCAAAUAGUGUAGAGGAGAGAGACUCACAUGAACUGAACCAGCCCAACACAUGGCGGUUCACAGUCAGGUUAAUGGGACGACAGCCAUACCGUGGAGGAGCAGCAGGAGGAGGCUGUCGCUCCUGGAGCAGCUGAGGGGCUGUCAGGAGGCCUGGUGCCCCGGGCCACCCUGGGACAGAGAGGCGGUCCACGCUGCUAUCUGUGGAACACCUGCUGGGAGUUUCCUUAUUGUGCGGGACUCUGCGACAUCUCAGCCCAGCCUUCUGUGUGUGUCUGCUGGAGGACAGGAUGAAGCAGUUCUUGAUUAUGAUAUCAAAUGCACAGGCACAGUCUUCCAGCUCUCUGAGUCUCGUCUGUCUUUCUCGGACUUGGCUCAGCUAGUGAUCUUCUACUCUCUGACCAGGGAUGUGUUGGCUCUUUGUCUGACUUUUCCUCCGUGGAUCAUUAGUGUAACCGAGAGGAGCAAAGAUCGUCUCUCUCAGCUUGAACCCAAAACUUGGCUUUGUUCACCGGCUGACUUUCAGACUGAUGAAAUGACUCACAGGGAGCCGAGCACUGUAAUGUGCUCCAUACAGCUAACGUCAGCCAACGGAGCCCUGUGUGUCAUCAAUCCCCUCUACCUUCGUGAACAUGGAGAUGAAUGGCUAACAAAUCGGACACCUGAUGUUAAGUCUCCCACACAGCCAUCAAAAUACAGACAAGAGCGACGCCUAAGCACCACCCGUAAAUGGGCAGGGGCAGGGAUACAGAGUAAACGAGCCAUCUCGUUGGACCAGGAACCUUCUUCUGCCAUUUCUGACAGCUCAGGUCUAAUCAGAGCCAAAUCAGCAGAUUCACCACCAAUCUCCACACCAGCAGGGGUGGUCCUCAGGAGACCCAGCCGAGAUUCUACCCCCAGCCUCACCAACAGAGCGAGCACUGGGAGCAUGCCCACCUCCCCUGUCAGGUGUGACAGCCCGGCAUCUGAGCUGCAGCCCCAUGGCAGCCCAGUGCCCCAGUCUCCUCAUAGGGUCUCCUGGAUUGAGGAUGGAGUCUGGCUGCCUCCACCCAGGCCUUCCUCCUUGCUCCAGCCUCCGUCACUGGAGCUCGAUUCAUUGUCAAUCAGCAGCAUAGAGGAAGAGCAGGAGUUUCAGACACCAAGCCCUACACCCCACCACCCGUCAGCACACCGGUUGGCUGACAAAGUCAUACAUCGCCUCUCGGCGGUAGGCCAGGCUCUCGGUGGGCUCGUAUGUCAGAAGAAAAGACUAAUCAAUCGUGUGCAGGAGAUGAGCGAGCGCAGAGGUGGGGCAUUUGCAGAUGCUGUAAAAGGAUUCAUCGAGAUGACGAUGAAGAAAGGGGCUGAUCCUACGGGGGUCACAGGGUCAGAGUUCUUACAGGAAGUGAGGUCAUCGCUCACAUCACUUAGGGAGACAUUGUUGGAAUAUCCAGAAAUCCAGGCAAUGUUGGACUGCAUGACUGACUUAAAUGACCCAGAGAUCGACUCUGUGGUGGAGCUCGCCCUGCACAAGGUAGCUCUGAAGCCUGUGGCCGCACACCUUUACUCCUGCAUUCACAUCUCUCGUACCAAUGACGGUAGCCUCCAGUCACUUAAGAACAACCUUCAUGUGCUGGAGGAGAAUGGGGUGAAGGGGCUAGGGGGGUCAGCGGGAGUCGGAUUUCCCGACUCUGUGACCCUGGAGCGGAUCCAGCAGAAGUGGACUAGUAUGCAUGAAGCCUACUCCCCGAACAAGAAGGUCGAAGCCCUGCUCAAAGUCUGCAAGAGCAUCUACCAUAGCAUGAAUGCCAAUGCAUCCUCAGGUACAGUGUUUGGAGCAGAUGACUUCCUGCCCUGUCUGACAUGGGUGCUGCUGCGUAGUGAAGUGGUCACUUUACAGCAAGACACAGACUACAUGAUGGAGCUGCUGGACCCCACACAGCUACAGGGAGAGGGUGGCUACUACCUUACAACUUUAUACGCUUCUCUCUACUACAUCAGCAGCUUCCGGCCACGCUUGGCUGCCCGUCAGCUCAGCGUUGAAGCCCAACACUCUCUCAAUCAGUGGCAUCGCAGGCGUACUCUGCACUGCAACCAAUCUCGUCGCAGCAAGAACCGACGGACCAUUCGCAGACAGGCAUGCCGUGACAGGGGCUCACUGGACUCUGAACGAAAGACUGAGAGUAAAGAAGAAAGUGGGAAAGAAAAAGGUUCUGUUGAUGUUGAUGAGUGUCAGGAGAACAAAUGUUCUGCAGAUGCUGAGGAAGGAGACAGGGGAGGACAGCAGCAGCAGACUCUGCUGGAGGAGGAGAUGAGGACAAUGGAGGAAUCUAAGGCUAAAGAGGAAGAAAGGAUCUGAGAUAAUUUUGUGACCUGUGGACCACAUGUUUGGGAGGUGGUGAAAUUAUCUCGACAUUUUUUCGCUUGGUCAAACCCUGCCUGAAGCUCUCACAUAAACUCUCAGCAUAUCCUGUCAUGCUCAGAUACCAAAGAGAGCUAUAAAUCAGUAUCAUUAUCACACUGAUGUCAGUGAAUUAUUAAAAUGUGUGUCACUCAUACUGUAGUAUUUGUUUGAGGAUCCCAACCUGGCAGUCAAGAGUUUGCAAGAUCUAAAAGGGAAAAAGAAAGAGGGGAAAAAAUGAAGAAGAGAGGUAUUCAUUUUUUGUGGAAACCACAUUAAAAAAUGUAUUGUUGCUUUUCAGCUGAUACUUGGGUGACUUUUGUACAUUAAAUAACUGAUCAUAUUGAUCCAUUAAUAAUAUAUUCCCAGUCAACAGCCAUCAGUCCACUUUUUCCCCAGAAAUGUAGUAAACAUAAGAAAGCUUAGAUCUUAUUUUGAUGCAGGAAAUUUGUCAUCUUAUUCAGAACAUGUUCAUGUUGAGGUGCUUUCACAUUUUUUAAGGUGCAAAAUGAGUUGGAAUUAUUUUAUAUGCUUAUUAAUUUAAUCUAAUGUAAUUUUUGACUUGUUAAACAUAUUAAUAUUAAAGUGAUAAUAUGCAAACACAAUAAAUGAAUAAGACAUAGAUUUUGUUUUACGGCAGCUUCUGCUCCUACCAGAAUUUCCUGCAACAUCAGACAAAGGCAAACAACGUUAGCGCCUAGCUAGUGAACACAGUGGAGCAUUUCACAGCUAAAGAUCCAGAUAUUUCCCUCAGGGGAUGGCGGAGACCAAAACAGACCUUAAAGGAAAGUGAAUAUUGGAUUUACUUUGAUCAUUUGACCAGGUAGAUUACUCAAAAUGAAUGAUAAAUGGGCUUCAUGUCUACUAGAUGUGUAUCUUGUGAAAGAUAUGUUUUUUGUAUGCUUCUGCCUUAAAGAUGAUCUUAAUUCUUUUUUUUUUUUUUUUUUUUUUUUUAACUUUAAAUCAUCUUCACCAUCAUGACUUUAUAUUAAGUGUGCUUUUAUAGGAAGGUCAACUGUGUUGACUAUUCCUCACUGACUUUGUGAAGCUCUGUCUUUCUUUUUCACCAAGGGUAAAUGUAAUCAUGUUAAAAUACCACCUGAGCUAAGCAUUUUCUAAAUUUACAUCUAUGUACUGCUGUAUCGUUGUAAGUCUAUUCAAAAAGCAAAAUUGUAUAUCAAAGGUUUUACCAAGAAAAGACACCUAGAAAUAAUCCAGAAAUGUGUGUUUUCCCUUUGUACCACUAGAGGGCAGUAUAAACCCUUUUGUGAGUUGCCUGUAACCUCUUUACUGUAAAUGUUUUUAUUAGCGGUCUGCAGGGUAGAGUUCACAAGUUAUGUUUGAAUUCAAGCACCAUAUCCAUACUGGGAAAUAUCUGUAACAGAAGCAAGAAUAAAAUCUGGUUGAGUUUAUACAAUUUUCAAAUAUGCU